AUGACGACACGAAACAAAGUCAUCGUCAACAAAGCCAUCGUCAACAGAGUCAUCGUCGACAAAGCCAUUCUCGACAAAGCCAUUCUCGACAAAGCCAUUGUCAACAAAGCCAUCCUCGACAAAGCCAUCCCCAAUAAAGUUAUCAUCAACAAUAAAGCCAUCCCCAACAAAGCCAUCGUCAAGAAAGCCAUCCUUGUCGUCCUUAACAAAGCCAUCCUCAACAAAGUUAUCCUCAACAAAGUCAUCGUCAAGAAAGCCAUCGUCAAGAAAGCCAUCCUCGACAAAGACAUCGUCAAUAAAGCCAUCAUCAACAAAGCCAUCCCAAACAAAGCCAUCCCAAACAAAGCCAUCCCCAACAAAGCCAUCCUAAAUAAAGCCAUCCGCAACAAAGUCAUUCUCAACAAUGCCAUCCUUGACAAAGUCAUUCUUGAGAAAGCCAUCUUCGAUAAAGCCAUCAUCACCAAAGCCAUCCUAAAUAAUGCCAUCCCUAAGAAAGCCACCAUAAAUAAAGCCAUCCCUAACAAAGCCAUAUUUGACAAAGCCAUCCUUGACAAAAAUACGCAACAGAAUUACUCACAAUAG